GGAUUAUUUUAAGUGUUUUCCUUGAUGGUACCAAAUCUGCAUGGCCACCAUGUCUUCUCAACAGAGUCAGGCCAUUUUAUUCUAUACAUUUUGAAGCAGUUAUUGCAUUUAUAUUUUGCGUAUUCUGGAAUAUUGGAUCAGCAUGCUAUCACUAAAUUUGCUGAAAGUUUUGAAAUGAUACCAAGAACCCCAGCAGAGAAUGCUGGGCUGAAUGCUAUGGAUAUCAUAUCAAGGCUGUAUGAAAAACAUCCAUCUGGAAAUGCCAAAGUGGGUGUUUACUUGGCAGCAAAGGGGGGGAGUGGGGUGGGCUGAACUGUUUUGCAAUCAAUUUAUGCCCAGCGACUUUUCUAGGUACUUGGCAAAUUGAUCAGUUUUGUGGUAGCCCUUUACAAUGACUAAAUCAGUUUUUCCAUGAUUAUGAAAGUGGACCACACUAAAAUGGUCAUAGCUAAACUACCAUAAUCAGAGAAGUCCUGCUAGUAACAAUGGUCAACAGAAAGGUCUACUUACAGCGAAUCUUUGGAGUUCUAAACUCAGAUGAACUAAAGUGUGACCGCUGCAUAUAUUGGCAUGGAAGUUUUCUUCAAAAUAAUUUACUUGUCUUUUCGUACAGGUUUUUUGCUCUUAAAUAUGCUGCAGAUGCUGCUUGCACCGUAUUAUGAGUAGACCAGAUUAUAAUGGCAAAACCAGCUAGUGGUCCGAAAGAGAGAGCAACCUGCCAGAAUGGAUGACGACUAGCGUCUGCACUGAAGUCGAUCAAUUGUCUUCAUAUUUAGGUUCUACAGCAAAAGUGAAAUCCGAGUGUGAUGUGAUGCCCCUUAUACGUUGGAACAAGCAUGUCGUAGAUCACAAAGAUGGUAAUUUUAUGUGAUGCCACUUACAAUGAUUAGAUCAGUUUUCCAUGAUUAUGAUAUGGAACCAAUCACAUCUUCCUCCUAUAGUUAAAUAGCCAUCCCAAAUUGUGU